GAUGAAAACCUAAUUAUUACUGCCUUUAUGCAGUUUACCAACCGACGCGUCGUUUCACUCGACCAAAAUCGAUCGAGCUCCAGGGUGUCAAUAAUGCCUCGACGGACUCUGGCGAUCGAUUCAUCGUCCUCGGCCUUGGCUGUCGAGGACGAGGUCAUUCAAUGGCUCAGCGGCCAGAUAGACGAAACAACUGGCUCUGUGCCGUUGUAUGAAGACCCAGAUUUCCCUCCAGAAAUCUCGAGUCUGUACUUCGACCCGAAUAAACUCCCAGACUACGUUCCUCAACAGAGUCGCGAGUCUUCAGGUCAUGUUUUCUGGUACCGACCAACAGAAUAUGCAGAAGAUCCCGACUACUUCAAAAACUCAACCGGAUGUGGCGAUCUGCGCGAAGGAUUGCUCAAUGAUGCGUGGCUACUGGGCGUGUUUGCGGCUGUAGCUCUACAUCCGGAUAACCUCAUUGAAAACCUCUUCGUGUCCGAAUCACUGCAAAAUUUUAAGCAGUUCGGAGUCUUUACAUGUCGGUUCUUCAAGGACGAUAACUGGGUACCUGUGACAACUGAUACUCGGAUCCCGUACUCAAUGGAACUCCAACCGGAAGACAAGGUUUCCAGUGGAGGGGGCUCAACCUUCUCACCAGGGUCUGCACUCUACGGUAGUAGCGUCAACAGGAGUGAAGUGUUUAUUCUGUUCCUAGAAAAGGCGUAUGCAAAGUUACAUGGCAGCUACCAGGUUUUAGACGAGAAAUAUGGCGGAGGGAUCGGAGGAAGUGCCGGUACGAGUAGUGGACGGAUCUUAGAGGCAUUUCUGGACUGUACCGGGGGUAGUGCACAUCGCGUUGACCUGCAACAAGAGCGUAUCAAACAACUGCAGUUCGAUCAAGCCACAGCAGGGAACUCAUCAGCAGCAGCGUCAAGUCCGUCGAUACUGUUGUGGAAACAAUUGUUGCGUUACAAGAAAAAGAAGUGCAUUUUAACGACCCAGUUACGCCAACUUUCGUUUAACGCGCAGGACGUAACUGCAAUGGGCAUCGUUAAGAACCGUCAGUACGUCAUUCUACAUGUGACCGAAGUGGGACUUCCUUCCGGACAAGGAGGUUCAGCCUCCCGUGAGGAAGUGUUACGUUUUGUGAAGCUCAAAACCGUUUGGGGCCGUGGUAUGUGGAAGGGAGAAUGGUCAAAUGACGACAGCAAAUGGGAGGAACACACACAAGUUGAGCAGGUAAUGCGUUCUGAUCCACGUUGCGAGUUCUCGCGCUCAGGACACGACGGGUGCUUCUGGAUGGUGUGGGAAGAUCUACUAGAUACGUUCACUGAGCUCUUUGUAGUGCACAUUUUCCAACCCGAAGACCGACAAUACAGCGUACGUGGCGACUGGGUGGGUACAACCGCUGCAGGAGCUCCAGUAAAGAUGCCAGUCCCAACCGCAGGUGACGAUCACAACUCAUCGCCUCAUCCUGGCCGUUCAAAGGAGAUUUUAAUUGAAAAGACUCGGUGGGGUUGGCUUCACGACGCAGAUCCUAAUUGGCACCGCAACCCGCAGUUUAAGCUCACUGUACCCCUGGAAAGCCUUAGUACUGGUAAUGACAAAACAGUUGAUAAGUCAGUGAACAGUGUGUUGUUGUCACUCACACAACGCGAUUUCCGACUGUAUGGUGGGGAUAACUACGCGAUCAACUUCGUGCUGUUACGUGAGAAAUUGACGCUAGCAACCGCUGCGUCGAACGACCCACCGCCUGCUAUAUGGGAAUUCAAACGUAGUCACGUGGUGGCUGAAGCUCACUCGUACGAAACCUCGUCUGCUAUCGAUUUGCCACCUGCAACGCCAGCAACCCCCGCGUUAUCUCAUCCAGCUACGCCAAUGGCAGGUGUCGUUGCCAAUGCUGCUGGAAUGAGUGCUCCAGUCACUAGUGGGCAAUCUAAGACGCUUCCUGAACGCGAACUAGUCAAGGAGGACGUCACAAUCGCCCCCGGCGCAGCUUAUUACCUCAUUCCGUAUACGACGAACCCCAAGGUCGAAAUGGAGUUUUUCCUGCGUGUCGUGGCCCCUCAACCUGUGCGUGUUGAGCGCGUUCCUCCUAUUAUGUCAGUAAUUCGCACAGGACGUUGGCGAGCUGACGAUGGAGCUGCCAAUAAUGAUACCAACAACACUUCUGGUGGCACUAGUAGUACCGGUGAAAUGGCAAACGCUGGCGGUCCUUUACUGACGUUGCCAUUGCCACAGUCUCACGUGGUUGGCAAGGAGAACCCGGCGUGGUGUCAGAACCCGCAAUUCUGGGUCCGGUUCGCUGAGAGAUCCCCACGUGAACUUCGGAGGCUGCGCAAACUUUUAUCAGCCAAAGCUCACGUAACUAUCAAAGUUGUGCUUCGUAAGACUUCGCAUCGUGCAUCGCUCGGCAACAAGAGCCGACAGCAGCGUGAAGCGGCUAAAGAUCGCGCCAACCUGGUCGGGAUCACAGCUGUACGAGCACCACCGACGAUCUCUACUGUGUCUGUAGUUGUCGGGGGGUCUGGCAGCUCAGCAGCUACGCAACUUCGAGCUCAUGCCAAGGGACAAAAGACCAAUUUCCUUGGAGAAAUAGUCGACUCGCCAUUCACAAAAGCAGUUGCAGUAAGUGAUAAUUUAGUUCAAGGUGCCAAAUCCCGAAACCAAAAAGCUGAGAAAACAAUUGCCGAUGAUUUGGACGAUGAUACUGAAGCUCCAGAGCAAGCGGAGCCUGGAUCGCUCUCGGGUAAUUUCCCUACACCCAAACUCGUCGUCAAGCCUACAGAAUGGUGUCGAUUGUCUUCGUAUUCCAGUCCAGCGUCAGCUUGUCUGUAUCUUCGGAAAGUUCCUAAGGAAUGGUUGCUCGCUUCGGAUUCACCAAGUGCCGUUAAUUCCAGUGGGGGAGGUGGACUUCUACUCGUUCCUACAUUAGGCGAGGCUGGGGCUGAAGGAUCAUUCGAACUGCAGGUCGAUAGCGAUUUCCCAUUGCUAGUCGAUGAGUUACCUAAAGGUGCAGGUGCAGUCCAAAGUAUGCCUGGCGAGUGGACACCAACGAAAUCCGGAGGGUGUCACCUUCAUCCUGAUUGGAGACAAAAUCCGAAGUUUUAUCUACAGAUUCAAGGCGUGAGGCCGACCAAAGUUCGUAUCACGCUCACACGUUCGGAGCGCGAGUGGAAAACUCGUUGCCAACGAGAUUCUGUCGGUACGAUGAUUGGAUUUUAUCUGUUCCGAGGUGGGUCCGGCAAACUCAUGCGUCCGGCUGAAGAAGGAGAUUCCAACUCAAACCCCAUCGUGAUAAAUGGGCGACCGUGGAGUGAGACAGAUUUUGUGCCUCUGCACUCAGUAAGUUCACCGCCCGACCUCGUUCUCUCUGCGGCGGCCAAAGGGGGCUACGUGGUUGUUCCUACCACGUACGAGCCUGGAAGAUUGGGUAAGUUUGUGCUUUCGGUGCAGUGUGACACUGAGUUCACACUCACUUGCGAUGCUGAGUAG